CUCCUCCAUCUUGCUGCUGCGCCGGAAUCUCUCCGAUUAUCUCCUUAGUCUUGUUGCCGCGCCUGAAUUUGUUCGAUCAAAUAUCCGCCACGCGCUCUCUUUUACCGGUAAGCUUCUCGCGAAUUUUCAUUUAUUCUCCUUUUUUGUGAUCUUUGUUUCUAUUUUAUCCAGGAACGGAUUGAAUUUGCAUUUUUCAACUUUAAAAAUAGCUCUAAAUCCGCCAAUUUCACUCUCUUCCGAUCUCUCUUCUCCGCGCAGGAAUCUCUCCGAUCAUCUCCUCCGACUCACUACGGCACUUGAGUUUCGUCAAUCAUAACCUCCUUAUUGCUCUGUCUUUACCGGAUUCCCAUCCCAUGACAAGCUUUCGGGUGGCUAAGGUUUGGAACUUUGGAUUAUGUUCCGGUUGUUAUGGGGCAUCCGAGACAUGGCCGAGGUCGAUAGACAGAUGAGAAUCCUUUUUCUUGAUCAGCAUCGUAUGAGAUGUCAGCUGUUUUUCCCAAACGGUGCUCCAGUAGAUGUUGACAUUACCGAAUAUGCCUUGGAUGAAAACCUUCCAGUUGGGUCAACACAACUUUUCAGUGUUCAAGCAUUUUUAAGCUGGAUUCAAAGGGUUAUAGAAUUAGGUUGGGGAUUGAUGAGCACCAUAAUAGAGUUCAACCCCAAUGCUGAUGAGGAUUAUCAUCCCACCAACAACCGGGCAAUCCAUAUUACACCUCCAAACUGAUACCUUUCCCGUGGACGACCUUGUUGUAGUGUUCGAUGAAGGCCUCGAAAUAGACCCUCGCUUUGGUACACUACCGCAGAGACUCUUGUACGUUCUUCAUAGGAUAAGCAACGUAGAAGAGAGAUCCACAGGUGAGUCAGAUAUGUAUUCUAAGAAUCCUAGUUGUCUAUCUUCUUUCAUUCAGGAAAUAGUUAUACCCACUUGUGCAUCCUCUUCUAUUCAACAAAUGAUUAUACAUACU